CUGGGUACGCUGUGUCGCCUGGGUGGAUAGUAUAGUUACAUCAACAUUAAAGGGAAUAAAAUGCCGCGGAUUCAUGUAAAUAGAGACUUCGCUUCAGCGCUGAUAAUUAAUGUUUCUUAAUUAACACGGGUCACCUCUGGAGCCGGUAGUGGCAGGCCUAUUUUCGGUGUUUAUCAGCAAUAUUUCAGGGAGAGGAGUGUCGUCAUCCUCACCACAGCAGCUGGGGGGGGAAGUUUGUCACUUUAGUCCCCGUUGAACAAAUGACGAACUGAGAACCUUCUCAACCUCAAGCGUCUCCGCAACACCCGCUCGUUGAAGGAGUCGACCACGUUGCCUCACCACACUGGACAGAGAAAUGUGUCUGUGCGUGUCCUCGAGUGCAUGACCGCGUCUCAGUGUUUUCUGGCUGCACUUCCUCUCUCACCUUCCGAGAGGCACUUCUGCACUUGACUGACUGCAACAUUUGUCUUCACCACAACAAAGCAUCAUGGGUAGGAAAAAGAUUCAGAUCCAAAGGAUCACCGAUGAAAGGAACAAGCAGGUGACAUUCACAAAGCGAAAGUUUGGUUUGAUGAAGAAAGCCUACGAGCUGAGUGUAUUGUGUGACUGCGAGAUUGCCCUGAUCAUCUUCAACCAUGCGAACAAGCUGUUCCAGUAUGCCAGUACUGACAUGGACAAGGUCCUGCUCAAAUACACAGAGUACAAUGAGCCGCAUGAGAGCCGGACCAAUGCCGAUAUCAUUGAGACUUUGAGAAAGAAAGGCUUCAACGGCUGUGACAGCCCAGAGCCAGAUGGCGAAGACUCGAUCGACCAAAGUCCUCUUAAUGAUGACAAAUACCGGAAAACCACAGAGGACCUGGAUGUUCUCUUCAAACGCUACGGACAGUCAACAGCUCCGCCUCAGACGUUCUCCAUGCCGGUCACCGUCCAGGCGUCCAAUCAAAGCACACUGCAGUUCAGCAACCCUGGCAGCGCACUGGUAACUACCUCCUAUGUAACAUCAUCGUCGCUCACGGAUACCCACCUCCUGUCGCCACAGCAACCGGCUCUUCAGAGAAAUACGGUGUCUCCUGGGUUGCCACAGCGACCAGCCAGUGCAGGCGCUCUUCUUGGAGGCGACCUGAAUAAUUCAAAUGGAGGAUGUCCAAGUCCAGUCCCUAAUGGAUACACCAGUGCCAGGGCCUCCCCAGGCCUCCUCACCGUUUCCAACGGCAACAGUCUGGGGAAAGUAGUUCCGGCCAAGUCUCCACCCCCACCUCCGAGCCCCCAGAUGGUCAACAGCCGCAAGCCAGACCUCCGAGUCAUCACCUCACAGGGCGGAAAGAGCCUCAUGCAGAUGACAGAGGAUGAGCUGGAAUUGGUAAACGAGAACGCCCAGCGGCUGGCGGCUGGAGCUCAAACUCUCACCACGCCAGUGGUCUCUGUAGCCACACCGAGCCUCCUGGCACAGGGGCUGCCCUUCUCCGCCAUGCCCACAGCGUACAACACAGAGUACCAGCUGACCAGCGCGGACAUCACUGCUCUACACGCUCUGGCGUCACCAGGAGGCUUGCUGCCCACUGGCGUGUCCACAUGGCAGCAGCAGCAGACGGUUUCCCAGCCAAGUCAGCAGCAGCAGCAGCAACAGCAAACACAGCAGCAGCUUAACUUAGCAUCACUCAGCAACUUGGUCAUGUGGGGCGUGGACAAACAGAGCAGCGAGCUGUCUAGCCAGGUGUCCAGUCUGGCUGCCAAUCUGAGGCCGGUGACCAACAUCCCUCAAGGCGCCAUGCUGACCGUCAACACAAACUCCGGCGUGAGCAUCAAAUCGGAGCCCAUCUCGCCCGGCCGGGAUCGCAGCACCCCUUGCCCUCCUCCGUCUACCACGCCAUCCUCGACCUCGGGAGGUACCAUCCUGACUGCUCCGCCUCAAUACCCCGGCUCCCUGCUGUGCCUGGAGCCCCCGACCGGCCGCUCGCCCGCAGACAGCGUAAGCAGCAACGCCAGCUCCUUCGAAGGCAGCGACCGCGACGACGCUGGAGCAGCCGGAGGUGGCACUGCAGGUGCGGGAGGAGGCGGUGGGGCCGGAGGUGGAGGUGGCAGCUCGGCAGGUCCCACCAGCCGGUCCGUGCCGCCUGACUUCAGCCCGUCGGCCGAGCUCCUCAGGGCGUCGAACGAACAAGACCAGGAGGGAGGAAACAUCAAGCGCAUGAGAUUGGAUGCCUGGGUCACAUAAAGGCACCAACACCUCCUCUCUGCACCCACAGUGAAGUUUUGGUGACUCCCACAACACGCACCCACACUCAUUCUUAGUCCCACCCCCCACCACCACCACUGCCCCGACCCCACUGCCAUGUGACACUAUCAUCACACACAGUUAUAUUACUCAACUGCGUCACCCAGACUUCAGAGGCUUUGCCAAAAAACCCAUAAAAACAAGCAUAAAAAUCCUGAUGGACGGCUCCGAGCUCAGCUGGAUAUUUUAGCCCCUCGGAGGGAGGGACAGUAGAUUUUUAAAGCCUCCUUGCUUGAAUGGACUCCCACAUAUUGAUAUUUUUCUUUUUCUUCUUUGGUAGAAAUAAGUUGUUUAAAGUGAAACCACGAAACAAACAUUUCUCUUUCACACGGUUUCCGUAUCGCCUCCAUGUAUUUACAUCGACCUCCUUUCAUUUUAAUACAACCUGACUCGUGGCCUGUCGACAUUACAGGACUAAUGCCGCACGACUCGCCACUUCCUGCUCUCCAGAAUCCAGCGUUUAUUUAGGCUGCGUGCUGUCGACUCUCCUGUAAGGCACUUCCAAACUGCACUAAAGGAAAUAACUUUAUCUGGACAAAGACUGAGCGAUUCUUGGCACCGACCAAAACAGACUCAAGCAAAGGUCUUUCUAGGUAAGAAUAUUUCUGCAUCAAAGGAUUUUUUUUAUUUUUUUUUGCCUCUGCUGCCACGACCUCAUGCAACCAGGCAGGCCCCGAGCCCCUCAGGUGGCACUCUGCGGCUGUGUGAGUCGAGCACCUCGCCAGAGUGCCAAUAUCAACUUCUCUUUGAGAUUUAAAUAAAAGAAGAGAAACAAACAAAAUGCCAAAUGCCCCUGUUCUCUAUAGGGACAUGCUAUCGCUCGCACUGUCGUGAAACAUUGAGAAUUGUAUUGGCGGUCACUUUGUUCACAGACUGGGGUGCUCCUCCCGUCCUCUCACCUCAUCUCCUCUGGAACUCGGAUGGAAAUCCAGCCGGUCACUCAGCUUAUUAGCAGGAGUAGAUGCCAUCCAAGUGAAAUUCAAUAGUAAGAGUUUUUUGAGCCUCUGUUGGCUCUUUUUUUUUUAUUAUUAUUUGAUUUGAUUUGAUUUGAUUUUUUGGAGUAGGGAAGUAUUUGGUUCUCUAAGUCCAAGUGUUCUCUCUCUGUUGGUAUUUUAAAACUCUGUUAGUCGUCCAGAAGUAGGAAUUCCGACUUUGUAUAAAAAUCACUCCUUAUACAAAAAAAAAGCUUUGAUGUCCUCUUUAGCUCUCUAUAGCUCUCCUUAGCUCUUUGCCGUGUUUCGAAAAGUGAAAGGAAAAAGACAUUUUUCUAUAUUUCUACCGCUUCAGUUGGCGACAAAGUAAAAAUAGCUUUUCGGCUUCAACGACGUGUAUGUACAUAUGAAUAUAUUUGCAUAGACUUUGCUAGGUAUCCCUAAAAACAAGCAAUGUGUUGAUUCUCAGUGGAUCUGUUUGCAUAUAUGAGUGUGCAUUUGAUAUGUUUUGAGAUACAGGUGCAGGGGUUACACCGCGCUGGGUGGUGCCGGCGGAUCGGACGUGUUUCAAGUAAACCUAUUUUAUUCUAGUGUCGAUGGUGUGUGCACUUUCCGUCUCACUCACAGAGGCCUGCUUGGUUGUGGUGUCAUCAUAUUCGCUUGCCACAGUUCUUCUUCUUUCUUUUUUUUGAAGAAAAGAACCCACGAUCAAAGAAAGAAUCCUACACCGUGACAUAAACUUAUUAUCAGGACACUGCCGUUCACUUCUAGCGUAGAGAGGUAAAAUACACUUUGACGGACUCGUGUAAAAUCUUUUCCACGUCACGGUAAGCUGACAAUUUCUUUUUUUUCCCAUCGGGAAAACCAAGUUUGACGUUUAAAUGUAGCUUUUCUUGAACAAAUCUGUUUUUCGUUGAACCAUUUCAAGUGUGUGUAUUGGUGUGUGAACCCAGGCUGUUUAUCGCUCUCGAUUACUUUACCUUUUUUUUUUCCCCCUGGAGACGAUGCUCAAAGUGCAGACCGGCUGUUGUUUAAACAAUCCUACACCUUUCCGUCAGUGUAGGUGAGCAGCGUUUGACGCCGACUCUGGGUUCAUGCUGCAAGUCGGAAAAAGACAUUGGGGCCGCGUGGGAUUUUCUCAAAAAGACUGACGCGUCUAGCGGCGGCGUUGCUGAGGUAUUUCAUCGUCAUCAUCAUCAUCUUUCCUAGUAUAUGUGGAGGAUAGUUUUUCACUCCACUGAUUUCAGGUUAGCGCCGCUUUCCCCUCUCAGUCAGCCACGGUUAGCAAUUUAACAGCCAACACUUUCAAAGAGCGCUUAUUGGAGAAGUUUUUUUAAAGGAAUACUUACACAGUGAGUGGGAACGAGGAGAUCUGUGCUUUUACUUAUGUGGUCAGUAUGUACACAAAACACCAGCCAACACGCCUGAUGCUUACCUCUAAUGCUGCAUUUAUGAAAUUAUUUACAUUAUUUAUUUACAUUAUUUACAGCUGCAGAUUGAAACAUCAAAAUACAAAUUUCAAAAAAAUCACUAAAGAAAGUGAAUAAUGUGUGAUUCCCUCCAGAGUUUGUCAGAGCAAUACAAAUCCAUUAGAAUCAGUCGGGAAGUGAUGCAAGCAUGAAAGUUGUCAGUUAUCUUUAGUGUCUCUUAACCUUAUAAUGCCCUUAAUACAGGAGUUUCUGAGACCUCUAUCUCGUUAACAUGAUCAAUACUUGCCAUAAUUUUAAAAUCUUAUGGACAAAACUCUUUUUUUUGUCUAAAAUUAACAUUGUUGUUAACAAAAAAUUGCCAAAAACACCCAGUGUAUCAAAUGCGAUACAAAGAAAUAUAUAACAAGUAUAUAAUCAAAAUAUAUCAUACACAACAUGAUAUAGCAAAAACAUUUUUUGUGGAUUUUGUUAUAAGGGUUAAUGAACAUCUCAGUUUGAAAAAAUCUGAAUUUUCUGGCUGUUUUUUGAUGGGUUGGGUCUUACAGGGUUAAAAAAGGGUGCCCAUUUUUCUCCUUAUACACAAUAUGAGUCUAGAUUCGAUUGUUUGGGCACCUGUGUGCAUAUUAGAUAUGUCACCAAUCAAAGCAUUUUAUGUGUAUUAUUUACACAUCGGCCUAACACGCAGUAAAUCCCUGCAUCAGAACCCGGAGGAGAUCAGGAAUUAUACAGAUCCAUCCGCCGUGGCGACAUCUUACAGUGAAAGGUUUGGUUUCCAGAUGAACUUUGAGGCUCUCUAAAGGCAUGAUAGUUAUUAAUUUAGAAUCCUAAUAUGUAUGCAAUAUCACAUUUCCAUGCUGAAACGACUAAAUGUGACCAGCUGUGGCAAAUUUCGAAUCAGAGAGAAAAAUUCCAAGUGAGAAUCUUGAACCGUCUGCAGGCCUGUGUCACCAUUUGGAUAAUUUUUACACUUAAAAAUUGGACUUCAUAUUUGUUCACGUGCUAAAUCUAAAUGAAGAUUUCAAUUAAAUUUGUCGUUUUCAUCCCCCGCUUGUAUAAAAUGCACAUAAAUACAUUUGGAUGUCUCCACCUGACACGUCUUGGUGUUAACGACCAUAAAGUCAGCUCGAGCUCAUUUAAAAGGAGCUAUGCGUCGUCUGCAUCCAUUUUCACAAUACUAUAAAAGUAUCGAGCUCAGGCAUUUGCAUUACAUAACUACAAGCCGCGGCACAUCUCAGAGUUGAGAUGUGAGAUCUCAAAGUUAAUGCAGCACUUUUUUUUUUUUUUUAAGUUAAAAUGACAGAGUGAGCUUUAGAGGUGCUGGCAGGCAGAGUGUGACCGCUGGACCGUCGUAUAGAGCCUCUUCUCUGGCCUACAUCCCAUCAAGAAAUUUCAAGAUGUCAAACUAUUCCUUUUGAACACUCGGGAUGCGUGUCCGCCUUCCUUCAGACAGAGCUAACGAUCUCCUCUCGUACCACCCGCUCAUUUCCACUUUUAGAAAAACUCACCUUCAGUGGCAUCUCUUCGUUUCUAAGGGCGCUGAUGUUUGACUGAAAUGUGACACCACACCGAUUAGCUUUGUUCAUGUACAAAAGGAAAAAAAAAAGGUUCUCUGUCCAAUCUAGCAGUGUAGUCACAAGACAAUCUAUAUGAGAAAUGAAAACCUGCACCCCUGUUACUUGUUGUGUACAAUGUUUUUUAGAAUCUCACUAUUUUUGGAUUAAUUUGUGCUGGUGACAGUUCCAUUGUCUAUUAUUAUUAUUAUUAUUAUAAUGAUAUUAUUAUGGAGCUUUUAUUUUAUUGCUAUUUUUUGUGUAGGAUAGCCAACUGUUUUUAAUUUCCUCUUUCUUAUUUUUCUCUUCCGUAUCAUAAACAUAUAGUACUGGUUUCCUUUUUUGAGGCAACUUUGCUGACAAUUGCACGAUCAGUUAUUGUGGUAUUAGCAAAUGCAAUGAAGGAAAUACCAGUUAAAUGCUGCAGUUUUAAUUAAGAUACAGAAUAUAUUUAUAAAAACGGGAAACAACUGAAAUUAGUAAAAUCCUGAAAUUUGAAACAUGUAAAUGCAUGGGAUACAGGUAACAACGACAUAUGUUACGUACAGUAAUGAUAAGGACAUGCAUCAGAGAUGAGUUUUAAAGCAACUCAGAAUAAUGUAGCAUAUGAAAUACUAAAGAUGAAAUUUAUAGCUAAUAUAUUGUGUUGAGCUGGUCUGCUUUGGGUUUUGUUGUAAAGAAAAUAUUUCUUUUUUUGUUGUUUUUUUUGAGAAUGAUAUACAGUUUGUGUAUAUUUUCAUAUACAAAGUAUGCACUGAUAUGUUAUUGAAAUUCUAUACCGCUUUUACAAAAAAGUGUUUGUUGUACCAAAGUAUCCAAGUCCCUUGAAACCUUAUCCUUUUUGCGUAUGUUUUACCGUAUUUUAUAUAUUAAAUAGACAAACUGAGUGAAAUGAAUUUGGAUCUGUGAUUCAUUUUUUUUUUAUCCUGCGUCGAGGUGGGGGCAAAAGUGCUUCUAUAAUGACUCAUCCGGAACAUGUGGCGGCACAGCAAGAGGAGCGAAAUACCCAGAAAUCUUUGUGAAUUCAGUCCAUUAGUGCAUUCGUGUCUCUUUUCUUUUUUCCUUCCCCUCUUCAUCCUCUGCUCAUUGUCACAGUUACAAACACGUGAGACGGAGGUUCGAUUCGCACAUUCGACAAUAACCAGACGGCCAAAUUUAGCUCAUCUCUCACAACCUCUGAGGAGGUGAGCAGCAGCUGUGCAUCAACAACAUCUGAGAUUUAAGAAUGAAUAACUGUAGUUUUUCUAAAAAGCCAAUAUUA